CUUUCUCCUCCAUUUCCGAGACCAUAGCGACCCGUCUGGGCGAGACAAAAGAUUCCCAGUUCGAGCAUCAUUUAAAUUAAUAUAUAAAUAUAUAUAUUUUAAUCAAAAAAUAAAAAUAAAUAAUGGCAAACCCUAGAGUUUUCUUCGACAUCACUGCAGGUGGAAACCCGCUCGGCAGAGUGAUUAUGGAGCUGAGAGCUGAUGUCGUCCCCAGGACAGCAGAGAACUUCAGGCAGCUGUGCACGGGGCAGCCUGGCUUCGGCUACAAAGGCUCCACCUUCCACCGUGUCAUCCCUAACUUCAUGUGCCAGGGUGGCGACUUCACAAACCACAACGGAACCGGUGGCAAGUCCAUCUACGGCCAUAAAUUCGAGGACGAGAACUUCUCUCUGAAGCACACGGGGGCUGGCUGCCUGUCCAUGGCCAACGCCGGACCCAACACCAACGGCUCGCAGUUCUUCAUCUGUACGGCGAACACCAGCUGGCUGGAUGGGAAGCACGUGGUCUUCGGUCAGGUCGUGGAGGGUUUGGAUGUCAUCAAGAAGGUGGAGGGCUACGGCAGCAACAGCGGCAAAACCAGCGCCCAGAUCGUCAUCGCCGAUUGCGGCCAGCUCUAGACGCUUCCUGUCCUACCCACGUCUCCUGCACACCCUGAUCUCUUAGUCCCCGUGAAACACUGCUCAAAUCGCUGCGUUCCUGUCCUGCUUCGACACCCGCUAAUCUAUUUCCCUUACACCGUCCACUCACGAGUUGCCUCUUUUUUUCUUUUCUUUAAUUUUUUUUUUUAAGAUCGUUUUCAUUUUCAUUCGAAAGUAGAAGCCCACGGGCUGUGAGAUUCAUGUAUCAAAAUCUGAAAAUAAAAAGGGGGAACAACGAGCUCCGAGACAUUUCUCACUUCUUGCUCUUGUGUGCUAAAAUGGGUGGUUUGAUCCUAGCUAAUAAAUUUCCUAGACUAGCUAGGAACUUUCUCAGCUAGCUGAUAAAAUUCCAUUUCAGUACGAUAGGGCAGUAGUAGCAUAGCAUGACGGUUAUGCGGUGAAAUAAUUUGGCUAAAUUAUUUACGUUCUGAGCGCUCUGGAAAUGUCAGCCAAGACGUAGUGUCAGCGGUUGUGUUUUGGGGUUGUUGUUUUGUUUUUGUUUGUUUUUUCCCAUUUCGUCACAGUGGAGCUUCAAAGUCGAACAAAAUUCAGCUUUUCAGAGUGAUAUCAAGCACCUCCUGACCAAUCAGGUUGCAAAAAACAUGGACAAAGUGCUGGUGAGGGGGGGAAAAAAGUGUCUUGUUGGUGUGUGACUACAAGGAGGUUUAACGCCAUGUUGAAGCAAACCUUUUGUUGCCAGUAUGUUGAAUAACUAACACUGCAUACAGUAAAGUCCAACAAGCAGCUCCACUUCUCUUCUUUUUCUGUCUCUAAAUCUACAGCAGAAAGAAAACAACUUCACCGCCAGAGGAUCUGGAGAGCAAGCCAGGCUAAGUUAGUUUGUAGCUAGGAUUGAUGAAAACCAGCAAGUAUGGAAGUGCCUUAAUGGAACUCGCGCUCACUUUUCUGUAAAUAUCCACCUGAACCCAUUAGCAAUUACACACACGCACACACACACACACACACGCACAGAAUAAUAAAGGUAUGUACACACACAGCGAUUGUUGUCGCUGUACUAUGAAGUCACCAGUAGGCGUUCCUACUACUGGUUGCCAUAGUAACAUUUGUUAGCGGGUGGCACAACUAGCAUUCGACUUUUGACAACAAACCAGUUUUCUUGCCGCUUCAAUUACACAUUCUGUAGGAAGAGUGUGUGUGUGUAUAUGUACACGUAUACACACACAUACACACACUCUCUCUCUACUGGUCAAAAGUUUAGACACACUAGUUCUUUAUUUUUAUUUCCCCCCCAAUUUCAGAAUAAUAAAGUCAUCCGAAAUCUGGAGUAACACAAAUGGAACUAUGGGAAUUAUAUUGUGAGGAAAAAAAAAAUCUAAAUAAUUUAGUAUUUUAGCAUGUUCCAUGUAGACGCUAUUUUUGGAGAGAAUUUCCAGAAAUGUAUUCGUGGCGUUUUCUCACCCGAUGUCUUGAGGAAUUUCCCUGAGAUGAUUUUUAAACAGUAUUAAAGGAGUUCCCACCGAGUUCCCAUCGGCUGCUUUUGGGAAUAUUUUUCUCCGAGUCGUCCGGUUAAAUAAAUAAUUUUUUUUGUAAAUAAAAUGUUCGUUUUCUAAUGAAAGAAAUGAGUACGUCGACUGUCCACAAACUUUUGACUGGUGGGGUGUGUGUGCUCUUUGCCACUGCGGUGAGAGCACAAGCACCGGACUGUCUGUGUCCACGAAACAAUUCGGACUCGCGGGCAGGAGGCAUGGCGGAUCACCGAUCACGUGCGCUCUGCUGUCUCCCCUCCCGUUGUUAGUCGCUGUACCAAAGUUUUUUUUUUUGUUCUUAUUAACUUGGACAGAUAAAGUGAUUGGCUGGUGAGGGAACGGCUUCAUACCUGCUGUAACAUAAGCGAUAGCAGGAACUAGCUUGUUUCGCAGAUAUAAAAAUGUAACUAGAAAUGAAUUCUACUCUGCAAAAUGUUGUAGUAUGAGAAGAAUAAAACGCUUUGGGUUGUGCCGUUAUAGGAAAAAGAUCAGCGUCCGCGUGGUACCCCGUGUCCGUUACUCCUUACUUAAUCCUGUAACUUGCACACGCUGUAGUCGGUGUGAUGCGGUGGAGUUGAACAGGUGUGUCUGGGUUUUUUCCACACAGCAGCUGAACGAAACCAAGCUCGAGUUUCUGCCGAGACCAAAUCAGCCCGGAUCCUUUCAGCCGCGGGUGUCUGAUUUCUCCAACGCCGGCGCGGUGCCGGUUUCUCAGCACUAUCCAACACGUCCUAGUGGACAGCUGGGAAGCGUAAAGAGUAACCCUAGCUCUUAGUGAACACUGCGUGCUGGUUUAAUUACCCGGACUUGGGGUAAAGAGAUCUGCGUGUGUGCAAUCUGAGAUCGUAAAGAGGCAGGACAGAAAGUUCCUGACUUUAAAAACAAUAAAGACAUUGUGCAGAUUUA